UAGUAUAAAUUCAAAGUAUGCAGUGCAAGAAACAAUCAUACACAUAGAUGAAGUCAUAAACAGUGUCACUGCCAUAGUUAUAGAAACUCAAACUCAUCAUUCACUACUAUACCCUUCAUUUCUUUUCUCACUCUCAUAUCAUAUCACACUACCAUUAAUUCAUAGGGUCCCUCCUCUGUUUUCCUCUGUAUUUCAAAACUCACUCUCUUUAUCAUAUCUCCAUUUAUAUUUGUAAGCACAUGUCUCCAUUUCCAAUUAACGACAACAUAGACUGCAAUUGCUGACUCUUAUUUCACCAUUUUAUUAAACCUUCAAUCAAACACACUACAAGACAAUUUCAACUUUCAUUCUAAAAACCCUUUAAAAUUUUCAUCUUCUUCAUUUUUUUCUCACUCUUUCAAACAAAGAAACAAUGAUGCAUCAUCUUUCUUCUUCAUCACAAGGACAUCAUGUGAUGGGACACUGUACAUGUGGUAUGUUUCAUGGACAAAACAACAAUUCUUCUUCUUCAUUCUCAAUGUUAUUCUCUAAACCUUAUGAUGAAACUGUUGAUAAUACAUAUUGUUUCACUUCUUCUUCUUCUUCAACUUCUUCUGUGGAUUGUACUCUUUCUCUUGGAACACCAUCCACUCGUUUAUGUGAAGAUGAAGAGAAAAGAAACCGUUGUUCUGUUAAAAACUUUUGCUGGGAUUUACUUACUCCUAAACAGUACAACAGUGUUCAGUCUCAAACAAAGGUAACACGUGGAAAUGGAAACAACAAUAAUAAUAACAACAAUGAUUCUCUUCUUGCUCGUAGAUGUGCUAACUGUGACACUACUUCUACACCUCUUUGGAGAAAUGGCCCUCGUGGCCCAAAGUCAUUGUGCAAUGCUUGUGGGAUUAGAUUCAAGAAGGAAGAGAGAAGAGCUACCGCAGCGGCCACCACACCACCGACAGCCGCAACCAUCGGUGUAAUGGAACCUACUCCAAUGUACAACAACAACAACAACUCAUGGUAUGUACAUCCACAAAACCAAAAGAUGCAAUGCUUCUCUCCGGCAAUGAGUAACGAGUUUCGCUUCAUUGAUGAAACUGAUCGUGAUUCUGAAAAUGGCAUUCCCUUUCUCUCUUGGAGACUCAAUGUCACUGAUCGAACAAGCUUUGUUCAUGACUUUACUAGAUGAAAAUUAAAAUGACAAUAAUAAUGAUAUAAUAGUACUAGAAGAUUUAGAAAAAGAACUAGGAUGGUCAAGACCAAGCAAUUAUACGUCAAUGUUUUAUGAUGAUAAUGAUGUAGAAGAUGUUUUUGAUUGCAAUGGUUAUAUGGUAUUGUCACAUGAUGUUUUUCUUUUUCUUUUUCUUUUCCAUUUUGCAUAAGAUGGAGUGAGAAUGUGAGAUAAUUCUAUAAUCUUAGUUUGCUCUUUUUUC